AUGUCGCUUACGCUAUGCGCAUAUUAUACCAUCGUCAACGCCGGGGGCAGCGUCAGCAUCAACCCUAUCACAACCUCAUCACGACCUCACCAAACCGCCGCCGCCGCCGCCAGCACCAUUGCCGACCUCUUCAACGGACCAGAGCCCGCGCCAGAGCCCGCGCCAAAGCCACAAUUCCGCUAUGACCAUCCAUGCGCUAUAUACGAACGAUAUGUUGCUGAUCGAGAGGCCUGGUACAAAGCGCUGCCGCAAGGCAGCGUGAAGAUCAACCAGCAAUAUCGGAAGGCGAUGGGCCUGCCAUUGCGCUUCAGCAAGAAGGCAUAUGAAUAUUGUCUUGAUUAUAAGCGGAUGGGCAAGCAAUGCACCGUGAGAAGGCCACGCAGGGACUGGACCAAGGAGGAACAAAUGGCCUAUCUAGACUGGGAAGAGAAAGAGGACAGGCGAGUUGAGGCUCAGGUUACUACUAAAGGCACGCUCGGCAAUAGCUUCGCCAACAUCAUCAGCAACAGCGUCAUCUUCAACAACAGCGUCAUCUUCAACAACAGCGUCAUCUUCAACAACAGCGUCAUCUUCAACAACAGCGUCAUCUUCAACAACA